AUGGGCAACUCUGAUGCUGGCUAUACAACAUGGGGCAACUCUGAUGCUGGCUAUACAACAUGGGGCAACUCUGAUGCUGGCUAUACAACAUGGGGCAACUCUGAUGCCGGCUGUACAACAUGGGGCAACUCUGAUGCUGGCUAUACAACAUGGGGCAACUCUGAUGCUGGCUAUACAACAUGGGGCAACUCUGAUGCUGGCUAUACAACAUGGGGCAACUCUGAUGCCGGCUAUACAACAUGGGGCAACUCUGAUGCUGGCUGUACAACAUGGGGUAACUCUGAUGCUGGCUAUACAACAUGGGGCAACUCUGAUGCUGGCUAUACAACAUGGGACAACUCUGAUGCUGGCUAUACAACAUGGGGCAACUCUGAUGCUGGCUAUACAACAUGGGGCAACUCUGAUGCCGGCUAUACAACAUGGGGCAACUCUGAUGCCGGCUAUACAACAUGGGGCAACUCUGAUGCUGGCUGUACAACAUGGGGUAACUCUGAUGCUGGCUAUACAACAUGGGGCAACUCUGAUGCUGGCUAUACAACAUGGGGCAACUCUGAUGCCGGCUAUACAACAUGGGGCAACUCUGAUGCUGGCUGUACAACAUGGGGCAACUCUGAUGCUGGCUAUACAACAUGGGGCAACUCUGAUGCUGGCUAUACAACAUGGGGCAACUCUGAUGCUGGCUAUACAACAUGGGGCAACUCUGAUGCUGGCUGUACAACAUGGGGUAACUCUGAUGCUGGCUAUACAACAUGGGGCAACUCUGAUGCUGGCUAUACAACAUGGGACAACUCUGAUGACGGCUGUACAACAUGGGGCAACUCUGAUGCUGGCUAUACAACACAGGGAAACUCUGAUGCCGGCUAUACAACAUGGGGCAACUCUGAUGCUGGCUAUACAACACAGGGCAACUCUGAUGCUGGCUGUACAACAUGGGGUAACUCUGAUGCUGGCUAUACAACAUGGGGCAACUCUGAUGCUGGCUAUACAACAUGGGACAACUCUGAUGACGGCUGUACAACAUGGGGCAACUCUGAUGCCGGCUAUACAACAAAGGGGAACUCUGAUGCUGGCUAUACAACAUGGGGCAACUCUGAUGCCGGCUAUACAACAUGGGGCAACUCUGAUGCUGGCUAUACAAUAUGGGGCAACUCUGAUGCUGGCUAUACAACAUGGGGCAACUCUGAUGCUGGCUACACAACAUGGUGCAACUCUGAUGCUGGCUACACAACAUGGGGCAACUUUGACGCCUGCUAUACAACAUGGGGCAACUCUGAUGCUGGCUAUACAACGUGGGGCAACUCUGAUGCUGGCUAA